UGAACAGCUUCAGUAAAGAUCAGACAUGAACUGGUGUUAACUGGUUCAACUUUGGUUUAUGUUGGAUAUUUGUACCAAACUAAGAACUGAAGAAGAAGAAGAAGAAGACGGUAAAACAUCGUCAUUCUGCUGUUUGCUGUUUCCUGUUCUGUCUGAAGUCUGAGGUCACAUGAUUUACUGGAAACAGACCAGAAGCUCAGUUUUUGAAGUGGAGUUUAACGAAUUUUGGCGCCAUUUAUCUCACGUGUCUUUACGCUUUGCAUCAAACUACCGGAUCAGAGGAAGAAGAAGACAGUAAAAUGUCUGCUGGAACAUCUGAGUUAUUCUGUCUGAUCUGUUUCCUGGUCUGUUCCUGUACAGCUCAGAAAAUCAUCACAGCUGCUCUUGGACAGGAUGUCAUUCUACCAUGUGAAGCUCCCCAGAAGAACAUCUUCAUCCUCCUCACACCUGUAAAGUGGAACAGACCUGGGCUGGAACCAGAAUAUGUUUUUUUCAACCAAGGCAAACACUUAGAUCCAGAGAAGCAGCAUCCAUCUUAUAAGAACCGGGUGGAUCUGCAGGACAAAGAGAUGAAGGACGGAGACUUUUCUCUGGUUCUGAAGGAUGUGACGAUGGAGGACAAUGGAACAUAUGAGUGUUGGGUUUUCCAGAGAGAAACAAACGACUGGAAGACAUGGAGUUGGAAGAUUGAAACCACCAUCAACCUAGAAGUUGUUGAACCUGGAGACAAGGAUGGAGGAGACAAGGAUGGAGGAGACAAGGAUGGAAACAUUAUACGAUCAGUCCUGGCAGUGAUACUUGUUGCUUUGGCUUCUGUUGGUCUCCUGGUCUGUAGAACUCUAGAUGAUCCAUGAAGAAGAACCCAAACCUCCCAGUUCCUCCUGAUGAUGAAGCAGCAGCUGAACAGAUGUUCUGAAACGAAGACAUGAAAGUUUUUCUGAGCAGCAGCAGAACAAACUGUAAAUGUGAACAGAACAGAAUGAAGCUGAAUCCACCUUUUCUCAUGUCUUAGUCUGAGCAGAAAUCCCUGUUGAAGCCUCCGACUGAAUCUGGUGAAAUAAAUGAAUGUGUGAUCAUCAGAGACGUGAAGAAGUGGACGGCUGUAGUCCUCUCUGAAAGCUCUGAAAUCAUCUGAACAUGUCUGAAGGAAGUUUGUUUACUGCUUGAAAAAUAAAAGAUUAACAUGUUUUUAUUCCCUGUU